GACACCCGGCAGGCCAAUAGAAAAGCGAAACAAAAUGCUUCGGCGCUGCACUCACGGCGGAUUUAGGGGAGAUAUUAUGAGGCUGUUGUCAUUAGGGCGAUCGCCACCGACUCCCUGAAUCUGCUGGCCUCGGCGGCGGCGGCGGCGGCGGCGGCGGCGGCAGUGCCGGGUCUGCAGGGAGGCGUGCGGUGGGAGCGAGCGGGCGCGCCUCUGCAUGCCUGCCAGGGAGUGAGCGGCGUGCCUGCGAGUGAGUGAGUGUGCGUGAGUGUGUGUGGGUGGGUGCGUGCGUGUGUAUGUGUGUGUGUGUGUGCAAGGUGGUGGGUGGACAGGUGGGUGUGCGCGCGCGCGGCUGUGGGCUUGGAUGAGGGUCUCUAUGUGGCUGCGGGUGCGGGUGUGGAUGCUCGUGGGGUGCGUGAGCCCCCUUUCCCUCCCCUCCUCUUCUUUUUCUUUUUCUUCUUUUUCUUCUUCUUCUUCUUCUCUCUCUUCUUCUUCUUCGCCCUCUUUCCCUCCGCCUCCGUCUCCGCUCGCCCGGUCCCCUGCCCGCCGCCCGGCUUGUUGGGCGCCUUGAGCCCGCCUUGAGCCCGUCUCUUGCCGGACCCCCUUCCCCGUCCGCCAGGCUGGGUCCCAUGGUGUUCCGGUCCCCUCUAGAGCUUUAUCCCACCCACUUCUUUCUGCCAAACUUCCCCAGCGACCCGCACCACCACCACCGCUCGCUGCUCCUGGCCAGCGGCGGCGGCGGCGGCAGCAGCAGCAGCUCCGGAGCUGGAGGAGGCGGCGGCGGCAGUGCGGCCACCGGGUGCAGCGCCGGAUCGGCCGGCGGCGGCGGCGGCGGCGGCGGCGGCUCCCGCGGGGCCCCGGAAGAGCUGUCCAUGUUCCAGCUGCCCACCCUCAACUUCUCCCCGGAGCAAGUGGCCAGCGUCUGCGAGACGCUGGAGGAGACGGGCGACAUCGAGCGGCUGGGCCGGUUCCUGUGGUCGCUGCCGGUAGCGCCGGGGGCGUGCGAGGCCAUCAACAAGCACGAGUCCAUCCUGCGCGCCCGGGCGGUGGUGGCCUUCCACACGGGCAACUUCCGAGACCUCUACCACAUCCUGGAGAACCACAAGUUCACCAAGGAGUCGCACGGCAAGCUGCAGGCCAUGUGGCUGGAGGCGCACUACCAGGAGGCCGAGAAGCUGCGCGGCCGCCCCUUGGGGCCCGUCGACAAGUACCGCGUGCGCAAGAAGUUCCCGCUGCCGCGCACCAUCUGGGACGGCGAGCAGAAGACGCACUGCUUCAAGGAGCGGACUCGCAGCCUCCUGCGGGAGUGGUACCUCCAGGACCCCUACCCCAACCCCAGCAAGAAAAGGGAACUGGCCCAGGCCACCGGCCUCACCCCCACCCAGGUGGGCAACUGGUUCAAGAACCGGCGGCAGCGGGAUCGGGCGGCGGCGGCCAAGAACAGGCUCCAGCACCAAGCCAUCGGACAGAGCGGCAUGCGGUCCUUGUCAGAGCCCGGCUGCCCGACCCACAGCUCGGCCGAGUCUCCGUCCACGGCGGCCAGCCCCACCACCAGCGUCUCCAGCUUGACGGAACGAGCCGAGACGGGCACUUCCAUCCUCUCGGUGACCUCCAGCGACUCAGAAUGUGAUGUAUGAUACCGGCCAGGGACGCGGCCCCAAGGAGCGGAAAGCACAACCAGGCGAACUGACGCGGCCCCCCCAGGUCCGCCCCCCUCCCGGCCCCGGCAAGCGAGCACCCCCCGCCCGCUCCCUCUCCGAGACCCCCCGAGCAAAGGAAGCCACUUCCACAACACACCGAGACACAGAAAGAAAAAAGAAACAAGCGGACGUUGCAAAGGUUUUUAAAAAAACAAACAUUAAAUUGCAAACCUGACUUAGCAAGCAAACGAGAUCAGAAACAAAACAUCCACUCCGAAAAGGAACUUAAAGGAAAAAGUAAAUACUUGGAACAAGAUGCUGAUGCUGCAGCGGGGAAAAUAACGACGGCGACGAGAAUAACACCCGGUUAUUAUGAAUAUUAUUCUUAAGAAAGAAAGGUGACAUUUGUAUUCUUUGUAGGAGAAAAAAGCACGAUCGAGCGCGCGCUCAGUCUCUCUCUCUCUCUCUCUCUCUCUCUCUCUCUCUCUCUCUCUCUCUGGCUCCCUCUUUUCUUUUUGAGUUCAUUGUUUGCGCUUUCCCAUGGACUGCAUCGCACCCGUUUUGCAUGACUACGGUUCAAUUUGUAUUUGGGGUGGGGGUGGGCCGGGAUAUAAUAUUCUCUAUAAUAACUGAACAAUAAGGAAGGGAAGCGAGGAGGUGGCCAAAAAAACAGGAAAACGCCACUUGGAUUUGUAAAAAAAAGAAAAAAGAAAAGAGAGAGAGAAAAGUGGAACGGAAAAAGCAUUCUUAAAAAAAUUUAAAGGAACUCUUUGAAAAAGAAAAAAAUAUCCACUGUUUAUCGCCUUCUUUGUUGGGUUUUGAUCAGUUUCUGUCUUUCUCACCCGCCCCGCCCCCCACGUCCAAACGGUGGCUUAAACUCGAUGCAAUUUUUCCUCCUCCUCCUCCUCUUUCUCCCUCCGUGGUUGGUGGUUUUAAUUUUUUUUAAAAUGCUUUUGUUCAACAGACAAUCAUUUUCUUCGUAAGCACCUUUUUUCUACACUUCUGUCACUGCCUGUGUGGGUACUGGUUAUAAAUGUGGAAGAAGAAUAGUUAUGACUGUAACAGAUUUUUAUUUUUAUUUCAAAAUUUUAUAUGAAUUAUGUAUAUCUUAAUGAUGCGGUCAUUUUCCCAGUUUGUAAUAUAUGUGUAGAAAAUGCUUGUAUAUGAUAUUUGCUCUUCUCUUCUCUGCCCCCCCCCCCGUCCCCUUCUCUCUUGGUCCCCCUUCUUUUCUCAACCCUUCUUUUUAAAAACAAUAUCCCUCCCACCCCUCCCCCGACUUGCGUUCCUGGCACAAACGUAGCUGUCCAGAGGUGACGGGCUCGGUUUCCGAAAGGGACCCCAAACGAUAGACGACAUGGAGCUUAGGGUGCCACAGUAGUUAUCUUAUGCAAAAAGCAUUUUUGAGUAUUUAAAUAGCUGCUUUUGGGGUCUCUUCUUAAACUCCACGUAGGACGCUUAUACCACUGUUUCCUUUACUGUGUGUUUAUCUAUAUGUACAAACUUUCUUAAAAAAUCAAAUACAGUAUUCCAUUUUCUUAUCUA